AGCAGUCCACCUCCUAAUUUACAACAUGACAACUUACAACCAAAGAGGAAGAAAAUGGCAGGAAACCAGACUGGAGAAAGCAGUCGGCCACCAAGUGUACAAGUUGAUGCUAAGUUACAACCAAAGGAAGUGGAGCCGCAUGAAACCCAUUCUUUUGAUUGGCACUUGAGAGACAAGAAACCUGAAACUAUCACCUGUGAUAAAGCAAGAACUGUUGAGGAUGUGCUGAAGACAAGUGAAGAGUUUAGAAAAAUUGCAAAAAAUAACAAAGACAAAGAGCUUGUUAUUAUAAGAGAUGGGAAAGCUAUCAGUUCACACUUUCCAUGUUGCUUAAUUAAAGGUGAACGCCUGACUGUCAGAUAUGUUAAAGCUGUGGACAAGGCGAAACAACCAGCUUGUGGCUCUGGUGUUCCCCAAAGAAAGAGGCCACCUGGCAAGCUUAUGGUGUUUCAUGUCCUAACAAAGGGAGGUAAAAAAGUAGUGAGAAUCAUGAGAAACCCAGCGCUACAAAGAGAUGCUCACAUUAAUGAAAUUACUGUUUAUGCAUAUAAGGGGGAAAAAGUGAAGCAGGCUCUUAAGAGAGAUGGCCGUCUAUCAGGUAUUAUAUUCAAAAAGACCUGCGCGCUCUCUCGCACAAGCACUGACAUGGCAAUGUCCAACCUUGUUGAUGACCUUGAUGGGGAAACUGUCAAGAUCAUACUGCGCAGUCAAUCUAGUCCACCAGAAAGUCAGCCUGGCAGUCUAGAGGAAGGGUACAUGAUGCAAAAUGAAUCUCAGAGAUCUGAUUUAGAUGAAAACCAAGAUCCUCCACAGCAGUCAGCCACAACCAAGUCAGUGAAUGACAACACACCAAAGGAGAAACCAGAGCUAAAUGAUGGUACAACCCCAUUAAAAAUAUUACAUGAAAUACCCAAUUCAAAACCCAUUCAGCAUCUCCUGUCUAAACAGUUAAAAGAUGUGGUGAAGAGGAUGAAAAGUCAGCGUGCUCCUAAGCGUUCUCGUAUUCAAAAUCUCUUCCAUGUGGAGUAUGGAAAAAAUGCUCAGACAUGCCUGGAGGUGAAAAUGAUGAAGAAAUUGAUGCAGCUGAGUGAUUCUGUGUGUCAGGUGAGAGUAGAUGGGAGUCCACUUGGAAGCGGCUUUCUCCUGUUUGGCAAGUUUGUCCUCACAAACGGCCAUGUCGUUAAAGACUUUUGUGCUGUGACUAGAGGGCAACUUCAGCAGAGGUUAACUGUCCAUUUCUCCUUUGAAAGUCUUGACCACAUGCAGGGUGUAAAAGUUGUAGUGGAAGAAAUUGUUGCUGGUGAAUACUGUCGUGGUGUGUCAGGUCACAUACAUGACUGGGCUUUGUUGAAACUUAGGGCUGAUCAGACGCUGCCUGAUGGACUGUUACCACACCUUGGAUUCCUUGCCCAAGGUGGUGGAAUUUGCAUAAUUGGGCAUCCUGACGGUGGUGUGAAAAAGAUUGAUCCGUGCGUCAUUAUUCCGUCUGAUAAGCGCAGCCAGAUUGUGGAGAGGCAUCAAAAUGAAAAUCCAGAGGGUGUUGAUGUCCGGAGUGUGAUUGAAGACAAUGAACAGUGCAUUCAGCUGAUGACUGACAAGUUCUUUAAGGAUGUGGCAGGAUAUGUCAAACAUUACAAACAUGAUCUAACUUAUGAGUCUUGUUUUUACUCUGGCUCAUCUGGUUCUCCUGUCUUUGAUAAGCACUGCAAUGUUGUUGCAAUGCAUACUGGAGGGUACCACUACCAAAAUGUAAGAGGUGACCUCCAAAGUGUCAUAGAGUAUGGCCAAUCUUUGUCCAACAUUACUGAGCAUAUCAUCAUCCAGAUGGUGGAAAACAGAAGACUCGACGUGUUGAAAGAGUACCUUGCUUGCAGUUAUGCACAACACCCAAAUGUGAUGAUCAGUUUGAAGAAACUGGUCGAAAACAGAAAUCUCAUAGCAUUUAGAAAUGCCAUAAACAAUUUAGUGGAUGCAGGUGAUGAGACGCUCAAGAAGCUCUUUGAGUCCUUCUUUCAGACAGAGGACCCUGUCCCAAUGGACAAAGAGAGCGACUAA